AGCAAUUACUUGUAGUGGAGUCAACAAAAAAUGGGAAAUCAUAUGCACCUGAUAAAAGAAACUUUAACUAUUUAGUGUUGACCUUUGUUCAUGUACCAAAAUAUAGGUAUCUUAUCUGAGUUCCAUACUUCAUAUUAGUUCUCUUUGCUAAUGCAAUCUAAGCACCUUUUGUGCAACAUUAAAAAGAAGAAAGAAGUUACAAGAGCCAUAAGUGUGUUAUUUCAUUAUUUGGUGUGAUAAAAUCAUUAGAAUUUUUAGAGAAGGAUACAUACUUGGAGUAAUGCAAAGGGAGUUGAACUGUUUCUCUGUUCACUAACUUUGUACAAUGUAGUAGACUAGUAGUGGAUAGAGUAUAACUCUCUAGUCUCUAUCCACUAACUCGCUGUCCAGUGGAGUAGUGGACAGAGGUUAUAACUCUGUCUCUCUGAUGGAGAGUUAUAAUGUUACUGUGCUAUACUCUUUAUGGGCUCUACCACUAAUUUAUACCCUUUGCAACACAAAGAGGAAGAAAAAAAAUUCACAUUCAAAGAUGAAAAAAGAAAAAAGCUGGUGAACAAGGGGUGUGUGUGUGUGUGAGAGAGAGAGAGAGAGAGAGAGAGAGAGAGAAAGAGCAACUCAGAGUAAAAAAAAGGAAGAUGAUGAAGAAGGUAAGCAUCAACAAUAGCGAAGGAAGAAGAAGAUGAUGAAAAAGAUGAAGAAAAUGAUUAAGAAAGUUGUAACUAGACUCCAAUGCACUGGUUGAAGAUGAGUUCCAGGUUUUAUAGAUGUUACAACUUGUAAGAGAAUAUGAACUUUGAAGAUUUGACAGCCAGGGAUUAGAAAAGCACAAUUAACUGGAACAAUGCGAGCAAGGGUGUUCAGAAUUCUUGCCAUCUCCAGAGGAUGGCAGACGAGCAUGCUCAGCAGAUAGCUAACCUGCGACAAUCCUUCGACCAGCAACUGCUUAAUGAGAAAUUCAUCCGAACUGAGGAAAUAGAUGUAGGGCUCCCUGGCUUUCAGGAGGACUUUUACUGCACUUAUUUCCGGGAGGCAGAGAGGCUUGUGGGGAUUCUUAAACUAGAGCUGCAUGGCCCUCCUUUCGAUGUUGAAUCAAUUGAAAUGUACCUUCAUGAGUUCAGAUCCAACACCAAAAGUGCUGGUGCUGUUAAAGUGCUGACAAAGAUAGACCGCUGCAUUGAAUGUUGCUCUGUAUUGGACUUUGCUGGAUGCUUGGCUUGUUUGGAGGAGGCGAAUACAGAGAUGAAGUACCUGAAGCGCCAAAUCAAGAAUUACUUCAUGGCAUGGAACUUGGUGCAAAAAUGCUAAUUAAUUAUGGAGUAUUUUGAAGGUUGACAAGGUUGAAAAAUUGGCCACGCUUAUUCUUGAGCUGGGAAUAAGUUCCAUGUUCCACAACCUUUCCCUCUGAAACCAGGGCGAUGGAAUCCAGGUUCUUGAUGGUGUUAAGCCUGUGCGCCACCACCACCGUUGUCCGCCCGAUCAUUAUCCCGUCCAACGCCUCUUGCACUAUUUGCUCUGAUUCCACAUCCAGUGCACUUGUGGCUUCGUCCAGGAGCAAUAUGGUUGGGUUCCUGAUUAUUGCCCUGGCAAUGGCAAUUCUUUGCUUUUGCCCACCCGAGAGUUGAACCCCUCUUUCACCACAUUCGGUGUCGUAUCCAUUUUUCAACGAUCUGUAUUACAUCAAUUGCAUUAAUAACUCGUUUACUGGAUUAUAACAUGCUAUAUAGUCCGUACUUACUACAUCAGUUGUAUUAAUAACUCGUUUAUUGGGUUAUAAUAUGCUCCGUAGUCUGUACUACAUCAGUUGCAUUAGUAACUCGUUUACUGAA